AUGUCUGUAGACCCUGAGAAAUGUCCCGCAGGUAAGAACACCUUAGAACCGGCUGAGCUUCCACUGGAGAGCUCUCUAGCAAACACUUCAAUUGGUAAUGAUGUUGCAUCUGCCGAACUCUAUUUCCCUGACGGCGGGCACAAGGCAUGGCUCACUGUGCUUGCUGGCUGGUUGACGCUCUUCUCAACUAUCGGAGUCAUCAGUGGCUUUUCGGUGUUCGAGAGCUACUAUAGCACCACAGAACUGUCUACAUACACGCCGAGUGAGAUCUCAUGGAUUGGAAGUCUGCAAAUCUGGGGUUGUUUUGGCUUUGGAUUAUGGUCUGGCAGGCUUUCGGAUAGCCGUGGACCCAGGUUUCCACUCGCUGCGGGGACAGUUUUCACGGUGCUCGGCACAAUGAUGGCAUCCAUCUCUAAGAAAUACUACCAAUUUAUCCUCUCUCAGGGGAUUUGCUCUGCAAUUGGUCUUGGUUUUUCUUUUACUCCAGCUAUUGCUGUUCAAUCUCAAUGGUUCCUUAGACGGCGUGCAUUUGUUGGUGGGUUGGUCAUGUCUGGCCAGAAUGUCGGCGGAGUCAUUUGGCCGAUCUUAGUAAACCAGCUCAUCAAUUACAAUGGGCUCUCCUGGGGCUGGACUAUGCGAAUCAUUGGAUUCAUGCAGUUGGCUUGCAUGGUUGCUGCUACACUGUUAAUCCAGCCUCGUUUUCCUAGUCUGCCAACACAGCCUAUUCCAAUAAGGCAGUUCUUCACGGACAGGAGAACUAUAAUGUUUACCGUUGCAACCCUAAUCACCUUCUUCGGCAUCUACAUUCCGUAUUUCUACAUCUCCCUGUAUGGUACGCAGUGGGGUAUGUCAGCGAGUAGUUCAUUCUAUCUCUCAGCAAUUCUGAACGCUGGCGCAUUCGUCGGAUGCUACGCAUUUCCCGUCGUUGCAAAGUCCAAGAUGGGCUGUUUCAACAGUCUCACUUUUGUUGCAUUUGGUUGUGCUAUUACUGCCUUUGGUUGGAUUGGUACUCGCAACAAUGCGGGUAUAACCGCAUGGUGUGUGAUCUAUGGAUUCCUCUCUGGCGCAAUACAAGCACUGUUCUCGCCCUGUAUAUCACACUUGUCACCAAAGCCGUCACUUAUCGGCACAUGGAACGGGCUUUGCAUUACUGUUGUUUCUUUCGCUGUUCUCGGGACGGGACCUAUCGCGGGCAGGAUGCUGGACAACACGGGCGAUAUCAACUAUGUUCCGAUGCAGAUAUUUACAGCGGUCUGUCUCAUCGUGGCCAGUGUGAUAUAUCUAGGCACUACGCUUUGUUUGCCGAGAGUUUCAUCCUUGGCGAUAGUUGGUUAA